ACAGCACAAUCUGAAAUGUGUAGUACCGCAUCACCCACUGUUCUCCUAUCCUCUCAGCCCGAUCCCCGACCCGCAGAGUUACCCUUUCCCUAUGACAUCCUCGUCCUCUCAUCUACUUACACGCAGUUAUGGCCGCCGCCAUCUUGGACUCGCUUUACGACACUUCCUCCCCCGCACUCCUCGCUCACAUGGCACAGCCGGCUCUUUACGACAGUCAGCGGUGUGUGGAGUGGCUGCUGCAGAGGAGGUAACACAAAGAUGGGCAACUCGGAUAGGAUGCUUAGUGCAUCCCCUAAUUGGUACUGCAGUCGUGCCAGUGAUGCAGCCGGUGGUCUCUUUGGGUUUACAGCUCGUAAUUCGGUGUAUUUAUUGCGAAUAAGCCCUCAGGAGCCUGCAUUCUAUGGGGAGCUGGUUGGACACACAGAGAGGGUUUCUGGAUUUGCCUUCUCCCACUUCUCCGGUCAGACUCACAUCUGUGCCAGUAGCUCUGAUGAUGGGACUGUAAAGGUGUGGGACACUCACACAAAGAGCACUGUGACCGAGCACAAGCUCCACCGGAGCACAAUCUCUGCCCUGCACUGGUCUCCUCUGGUAAAGGACUUGCUGGUGACUGGGGAUGAGAAGGGAAUAGUGGUUUGCUUUUGGAGUAACCGCAAUGAUGGGCAGCAGUUCUUUCCGGAACCGAGGACCAUAUUUUGCCUUUCUUGCUCUCCGCACCAGGAGGAUCUGGUGGCUGUGGGGUACAAGGACGGCAUGAUCGUCCUCAUAGAUAUCAGCCGCAGAGGAGAUGUGGUGCAUCGUCUGCGUGGACACGAUGAUGAGAUCCACUGCCUGGCAUGGUGCCUGCAUCCCCGAGAGGAAGAGUUGAAUCAAAAGCUGGAAGAUGCACCAGCAGCCGAGCAAAAUGCAGCCAAUGGAGACCUCCUGCCAGAGACUGAGAACAAGGACUGCUACCUGGCCUCAGGCAGCAAAGAUCAGACUAUCCGAAUAUGGAAUUCCUCUACAGGAAAAGGUGUUUCCACGCUCAAGUUGCCCUAUUUGAAGCGCCGUGGAGGUGGCAUUGAUUCGGGCAUCAAGGAGCGCCUAUGGCUGACUCUCUACUGGCCACGUGGACAUCCCAAUCGGUUACUGUCCAGUUGUUUUGGGGGGGAGAUACUCGUAUGGGAUUUGGCAAGAUCUGGAAAACAAAAAUGGAGUCUCUUGGGCUCUUCAGAGGGACAAAACCAUACCCGAAUUGUUUUUAAUCUUUGUUCUCUUGUGACGGAAGAAGGGAGGGAACUGCUCCUAUCUACAUCUAUGGAUCGAGAUGUGAAAUGUUGGGAUCUGGGCUCCCUUUCUUGCUGUUGGUCAUUGAGUUCCCUGGGUGGCUUUGUGUACAGCUUGGCUUUCUCCCCUGUGGCUGCUGGAUGUCUGGCCAUUGGAGUAGGUGACAGCAUGAUCCGUGUGUGGAACACCAUGUCUGUGGUGAACUCGUAUGAUGUGAAGACAAUGUGGCAAAGCAUCAGGUCUAAAGUCACUGCACUUUCCUGGCAUCCCACCAAAGAGGGUAGCCUGGCAUUUGGUACUGAUGAUGGCAAGGUUGGAAUUUAUGAAGUCUUCUCAAGCAAGCCCCCACAGAUCUCUAGCACUUAUCAUAGAAAGACUGUGUACUCAAUGUGCUGGGGUCCACCACUUCCCCCAUUUUCAUCUGGAGCAGAAGGGGACGGACCUUCAUUCACUCUGUACAGCUGUGGCGGAGAAGGUAUCAUCUUCCAGCAUCAUCCCUGGAAACUUACCUCCGAGGCUCAGGAUAUUAACAAGCUGAUCCAAGACACCAAUAACAUUAUGCACAAGUUGCCUGCACACACUGAACUGAGCUGGAAACCCGACUCACAGCACUUAGCCAUUGGCAACGAAGAUGGGAGUAUUGAAAUUUUCCGGGCUCCAGUUCUUCAACUGAUCUGCACUAUCCAGCAACAUCAUAAACUGGUGAAUUCUGUUCGUUGGCAUCAUGGCCACGGUGAGGACCCAAACCUAAGCUUUCUGCUGGCAUCAGGAUCCAACAACGCUGUGGUUUAUGUGCACAGCCUAAAAGGGGCACUUGAAAACUUCUUUGAUACCCCCACCACCAUCACAGAGCCUUACCGAACCCUGUCUGGGCACACAUCAAAGAUCACAAGUGUUUCAUGGAGCCCUCACCAUGAUGCCAGGCUGGCAUCUGCCAGCUAUGAUGGCACCUCACAGAUUUGGGAUGUUCUACAGGAAGAACCGCUCAGUAACUAUCGCGGGCACAAGGGGAGGCUUCUCUGUGUCCAAUGGUCUCCAGUAGAGCCAGACCUGGUGUGGACGGGAGCAGAUGACUUCUGCUUGCACAGUUGGUCCAUAUCCAAGCAGGAGCACAGCCGACCACCCAAAGGAAAGAAAGCUGCUGACCUGGAAAAGAAAAGAUGCUUGCAGCCCAAACCAAAGGCAAAGAAAAAGAAGAAGCUAGACAGUCCUAAUCAGGACUCUGGAGGUGAUGCAGUUAGAGAAGAGAGUGAAAGACCUCUCACCCUGGCACAAAAUGGGACUUUGGAUCAAGAUGAGGAACAGGGCUCUGUAGAAAUGGUGACCGAAAAGAAAACUGCACCACAGGAAGUUACAGCUACAACAGAGUCUGAUACUGUGUCAGAUUUGCCGUCGUCAUUGCCCACAGUGGAGGGACGUAGUCCGAGUCCAACCAUAAAAAGAGUGCUUGUUAAGAAGGAAAAUGUAAAAGAAAAGACAGACAUACGUGGAAGAAAGAAAAAGUCUCAGUCUCUUCUUCCUAUUAGUACCAGCAAGGAUCAUCGGUCUAAGGAAGAACAGCAUCGAGAUUGUGUGAAACUGGCAGCAGUGGUUUGUGCCAAAGGAGCUGAUGGAUCCCAUGCCCUGUUGGAAGAUUCUGUUCACCUUGGCCUAUACAGUGAUCGUGGUACUCUGCAUCGGCUCAUGGAAGAAGAGGGAAAAGCACAUCUGGAGGGUGGACACCCUGAGCUGCAGCACCACAUCAUGUUGUGGAAAGGGGACCUGAAGGGGACAUUACAACUGGCUGCAGAGAGGGCAGAGCUCACAGACCAACUGGUGGCGCUGUCUCCCAUGGCUGGAUACAAGGUCUGGGUUUGGGCGGUUGAAUCCUACGUGAAGCAACUGUGUUUCCAGGAACAAUACACGAAAGCUGCUUCCCACCUUCUGUCUAUUAACAAAGUAUACGAGGCUGUUCAACUACUGCAAGGAAACCAUUUCUAUAGGGAAGCCAUUGUUGUGGCUAAAGCACGCCUGCUCUCUGAUGACCCCAUUCUACGGGAGCUGUACACCAGCUGGGCUGCAGUGCUGGAGCAGGAUGGACACUACGCCAUGGCUGCCAAGUGUUACUUAGGGGCAUCCUCUCACUAUGAUGCAGCUAAAGUCCUGGCCAAGAAAGGGGACCUGCUAUCUCUGAGCACUGCAGCUGAACUAGCAUUACUAGCAGGAGAGAAGGACCUAGCCGCCUCCUUCGCCAUGCGCUGUACACAGGAACAUGUCGCUGUGAAGAACUGGGUUGGGGCCCAACAGUGUCUACAGCCUCAUGCCAGCCUGCUGGGGCAGAGGCUGUUACUGUGUACCAGCGAACUUCUUUACAGUCACGUUGCAGAGAAGACUGGGAUAGACUGGAAGACGCAGGCGGUCCCAUGUUUUCAUGAAUGGGCUGGCAGCGUCAGUGAGGACACUUUCAUGAGUAAACUCACUGGAGUGUGGCAGAAGGAGUAUGGAGUAUGUACAGCAGAUCAGUAUACUGAGGCCUAUCAGCAACUGUGUUCAUCCGAGACCCCUCCAAGCACUGCUAAUACCAUCCCUAAGCAGCUGUUACUCCACAUCUCCCAGGAGGUGGCACUGUCCGCUCUCAGUUAUCUCUUGAGGAACUCGGAUGAGGCUGCACCUGCCUUACUUCGCAGCCUCCACAGAUGUCAGCAAGCUGGACAUUUCACUUUAAUGCAAGAUAUUGCUCGACUUUUGCUUCCAGAUGGAUGUGAGGAGCUGAGGAGUAACCUCAAUCCAGACAAUAAACACAGUUCUGCUGCUUUUGACAGUCUCCAGGCGUACUUGGCUUAUAUGAAACUGUAUGAGCUAUGGUGGAGUUGGAACCCAGGCUGCAAAUUGCAGGAGACCAAGAUGGACACCUGUGCUGGAAUAGAGGAGGACAUCUCGGGAGCAGUAGAAGACAUUCCUGAAAAAAUGUUUGAUUUUGGGGUGCUAUUUUCAGAACUGCAUGCUGGCUUCCAGAACGCACAGCGAGAAAUUGCAGAUGUUCAAAAGGCUCUGCGAGAGAUGAUACAGCAGCAUCAGAGGAGCCAGCAGAUUCAAGAUAACUCUCUUGAGUUAGAACCGGACCCUGACACAGGCUCAGUCCCAUCUCCAGAUGAUUGCCCCGACGGCAGGAGCCAAAUCUCUGCCCCAAGUCCUGUCUCCCUGGCUGAACUGAUGAAGAAACUUUCUUCUGCAAACCAUAAGUUAGCGGAAUAUCCAGAGUAUUUAAAGGUCUUGCCAUUUCCCGAUGUACUGGAGAGCUGUCUGGUGCUACUUAAUUUUCCUUCUUCAAAACUGACCUCUGAGUUACAAGCCCAAGCAAUAGGACUCCUACAGAGACACAGCUCAGGGUCACCUGAUCACUACAAAGUAGCCAGCAAGUUCCUAUCUUCAUCUUCAUCACCAUCAUCAUAAAGACGAAGGCCUACAGCGGCUGUCCUCCGCUUCCAGCUCUGCAAUAACCGCCACACUAGUGCCAUUGGCCAACAGCUGCCUUCAUUUCAACCAGAAGCUGCAAGAUGUUAUUAUGAAACAAUAUUACACACACUGGGCCUCUUAUCCACAUCUGAGCAGAAGGCUGUCUAUGUUGUCCUUUGCAACUAAUCAAAUUCUCCCUUCCCUUCUCCCAGUGUAUUGAAAGAAGAAUCUAGUUGCAAUGGGCAACACCGAAGCUAUUAGUCAAUUCUUCCCUGGUAAAGCAUUAAUAAAUGAUGCCCAAUGGGUGCAUGAGAUCCACAUUCUUGAAAGCUGGACUGUUAGCAUUAGCUUAUUUCUGUAGAUAUCUGGCUCCUGCGAUCUGCCAGCACUGCUGUUUGCACUGCAGUAUAAUGCCAAGGAAAUUGCUUUAUGUUGCUGUUUUGUAGCCAUGUUUUUUUUUUGUACUUAUGUUUUGUAAUGUGAGGACAUAAACCCCACAUGGUAUAUGAAGUUUUUUUUUUUUUGGCAUAUUUAAAUUACACUUGCCAUGUGAGAAAUACAUGCUGACAAUUGCUGACCUUAUAAAAAUGCUGGCUGCCUGACUGCUGUUCUUGCUGGCUUUAGUACUUUAUCUCAAUGACCUGGAAAAGGUAUGUGGAUUAGCAUGAGUGAAGAUGGAAGUCCUUAUCUGAUGGUCAGAAUUGUGGUCAGGUAGCUAGCAUUUUGAGCAGGAGAGGUCAACAAUAGCAGCCUCUGUUUCUUUUGUAAAGAUUUCCUUUGAAUGUUCCCACCAUCUGUAGACAUUCCUUUAUUUAGACAUCAGAAUAGAUAGAAUUUACUCCAUUUUGUAUAGUUUUUAGUGGUUCCUAAUGAAAUGAUUGAUGGAGAUGGGCCUCCAAUGCAGAAUGUCUGAAAGAAAACUACCUUUCAUGACCAUGGCAACCAAUCAUAUUCCAGAUGCCAUUUGAUUAGUACAGAGAGUAGAAAAUUCAAGGAGGGAUAGAAUUUUGACACGGAACACAGAAGGCCCAGUAUCAUGAAUUUGAAUUUGGUCACCCCUGAUCUUAGCUUUGUAAACAAAAUGCCUACAUUAUAGUGCAUUAGGGUGUGCUGAAUUAACACAGUGCACCAACACGAAAGCAUGUACAGAACUGCAUUGUGGGUGCAUUGCAUGCUACUGUAAUAGUAUUCUGGGUGCCAAUCAAAGAUAAAGUAUAUUUAAAGCCAAAGCGUUUUCAUUUUGGAUCGAGUAGGCUAGGUUUCCUUCUGUCUCAUUGGGGAGAUUCCCUUCACUUCUUAUCCUGUUGACUCACCAGGUAGUGGGAGAAUAUCUUUCCAAUGUUGGGGAUAUCUUUUGACGGUUAUGGGAACGAGAUUUUUCCUCUAUUCCUGUUUUGAUUGCAACUCAUAGUUUUGGAUUUAGCCUUGUUUUCAUUCCCACUUACAUUGGUGAUCAGGGCAAUAGGAUGAAGUGAAGUCUCUCUAACGGAGACGCCGACCACAAUAAAUAAUCGCAAAAUUCAUAAAUGUAAUAAAUAUGUGCAAAACCUCAAUUCAUAAAUUGAAAUCCCAAAUAUAUAAAUAAAAAUGCACCAAAUGCGAAAACAAAAAUAGGUGAAUAAAUCAAAUAAGUAAAUGUCCCUGCAAUAGAUGUUGUAAAAGUCCACAAAGUGUUAACCCAACACUAAACGCCUAAAGGUUCUUGAAAGUUGUGACAAAGCCAUCACCAAUACUGGCAAACUUGCAAAAUGCAUUACAUGGUAUUAGCAUCUAUUGUGUGUCUCCACUCCUCCACAGAAACAGGCACCCGAUUUUAACCUGGAUCACCCCCUCCAGUCACCAACCACAUACACUCAGAGAAAAGAUAAAGGCAGAUGCCACAUAUAGAGUUCAAUUAUCAAGUACCUUUUAUUUAAUAGAAUAUUGCACUUUCAUGUAUCUAUGAGCAAUUGCACAUUGAAAAAAAUACAGUCCAACCAGAAAACCAAUAACUUCCAGUUACACAAUGAUGUCGGGAAAUAGCUCCUCUCUACACAUUUUAUCAUAUAUGACGUCUUCUAAAUAAAUAAAGGCAUUAAAUUGCCCAAGCCUUAUUCUGAAGACAUAGAGCAGGUAAAUCAAGCCUUGGUAUAAGACCUGGUAUCAAAGAGGACAUUUGCAUACAUCGGAAAAUCACUAUUACCAAAACUGUGAUAUUCUGGCUAGUUUAAAUUUUCUUCCCAGAAGGACCGGGCCCUUAUUGGAUUACAAAACGUAAAAAAGGAAAAAAUGAAUAUAAAACAAGUCUCAAUAUACAAAAAUAAUUAAAUUAGAAAGGUCACAUUGACACCUAAUAAUAUCUAUUAAAGGGACUUUAUUCAUCCUUUUUUUGGAUUCAAAUUUGGUGCAUUUGUAUAUGAUUAAUUUUUUUUUUUUUUUUUAUGAAUUGUGAAUUAAUUAAUUGUGAUUUAAAUUCAUUAAUUGAAGGUUUUGCACAUAUUUACUACAAUAAUGGAUUUUGCAGUUUCAUAGCGCAACACUAUUUUUGCACUUUAUUACAAUGGAUAAUAUCUCCUAGUGUGUUUUUCACUCCACAAAAUGAGGACCCCCCCCCCCAAGAACAGUGAAAGAACCCAAUGUUUUAAAUCCACGUACAUACAACCCAAAUAUUCUUCUAAGAGUCUAAGGUUUUUAAUUGUAAACUUGAUCUGUAUCAGAAAAAAAAGCCAACACGUGUUUUUUUCUUCUGCUAUUAAUCAAUGUUCUCAUUAAAAACCUUGGGCGGCUCUUGGAUGUUUGACACAUUUAUUGGAUUGUAUGUAUGAGCAAUAAAAAAACUAAAGUAGUUUCAAUCUUUCACUACUCUAUUCCAAUACAAAAACAGAAGUUUUUUUGUAAAAACAAGUUAAAAAGUAUUUUUUUCUGCCCAUUAUUGUAAAGCAAAGAUGUGAAUGAGCUCAGAGGGACUUUUAUGGUGUGGAUCUGUACGACUUAGGGAUGAUCAUUUUGAACAGAAAAUGUACCUCUCAAUUUUUCUUCCUGGAGUUCCAUUAUUGCAGUCAUUACUUUAUUGUAACAGAAUAUUGUAUAUAUUGUAAUUUAGAGCUGCCAGAAUAUCAAUAUUUCAUGUAUAUUUGUCUGCUGUAAUGUUUUUCUUUCAUUUGCUAAUGCUAAGGUUACAUCUACCUGCUCUUUUUAUAUUAUACUAGAUUAUAAAAUAAGUGUGUUUGCACUUUG